AUGGAUAAAUUUGUAAUUCAUUCUACUGGCACCACUUCGGUGAAUGAACAACCAAAGAAAAAAUCUAAAUUAAAUAUCAGACGUUUAUAUCAUGAAGAUUAUUUAAACAUAGGAUUUUCUUGGUCUGGUAAUGUAGAUGAUCCACGUCCAUGGUGUGUAGUAUGUGGCGAAAAACUAUCCAAUGAAUCAAUGGUUCCAAAAACACGACAAUCUGAAAAAAUGACAAAAAUUGUGACCAUUUCUGAUAAAACUCAAGAAGCUAGUUAUCUAGUAGCAGAACUUGUAGCUAAACAAAUGAAACCACACACUAUAGCAGAAAAACUUAUUUUACCUGCUUGUCGUGAAAUCGUAAAAGUACUUUUUGGUGAAGAAGCUGAAAAAGAAGUAUUAAAAAUUCCAAUAUCUGACAACACCAUUAGUAGGCGUAUUGAACACAUGUCUGAAGAUAUUGAAGAACAAGUAUUGCUACAAUCCCGUGACUCUCCAUUAUUUGCAUUACAACUGGACGAGUCAACUGAUAUAAGUCGACAAGCACAACUUUUGGUAUUUAUACGUAUAGUUUCCGACGAAGACAUAGUGGAAAAUUUUUUGUGUUGUAAAACACUUCCUGAGACAACUAAAGGUGAAGACAUUUUCGAAAUCGUCGACAAUUAUCUGAAAUUUGCAAAUUUACCAUGA